UUACGUGGCUUGGAUUUGAAAAAAAACUAAGUGCAGAAGAUGAGCUUAUUCACACCAUAAAGCACUGUAUCUUAUUUAUUCAAAAAAUGAAUAUGAGAAAGCUGAGCAGCUACUCCAUGUGGCUUUAAGACAAGCACAACAAAUACACCAUCAACUUGGAAUAACAUAUAUUUAUGACGUCAUGGCAAACUUAGCUCUUCAAAGAGAAGAACUAGACAAAGCCAAGCAGCUUUUUAUUAUUGUCACACAAAGAAUUAUGGCCAAUGGUGUUCUAGAAGAUGAUCCUCGGGUAGUUCAUCUCAGUGUUAAGUUGGCAAGAGUUAGCCAUUUAAAAAAAGAUUACUCUACUGCUAAGUUAGGAUAUGAUUGGUGCUUGGAGAAACUAUAUAAAGCAGUAGAAAUUGAUCCCACUGACCAUUCUAAAAAACUUUUGGCAAUGACUGAAGAUUGGUAUGGACGGCUCUAUCUUGAGUGUGAGCAAUUUGAAAAAGGCCUAAAGUACAUGGUUCAUUCCCUGAAUAGGAUGAGGGAAGUUCCUGAUAUUGAGAAGGAGCAUUUAGUAGUACAGUUGAAUGAUAUUGGCACAGUUUAUGACCGCCUGGGAAAGGCAGGUGAGAGUAUAAGCUACUUCAAAGAAGCAAUUGAUUUAGGCAAGAAUCUAGACAUGGAUCUAGGAACCAUGUAUGUAAACCUUGGAAGGGCCUACUUAAAGUCACAGUUACUUGAUGCAGCUAGAAAGUCAUGUGGUCAUGCUUGGAAACUUGGUGUCAUGUCGAAAAAUCAAGAUGUUAAACAAGAAGCAGAGUUAUGUAUAAAACAGAUAAACAACCUCGGUUAAUGUAUUUUUUAUUUAUUUAUUUAUGAAAAAUAUUGUUGGCAUGUUUUCCUUAUAAUAUUGGUACCUAAAUAAAACUUUAAAUUGUGAAUUUAAAGAAUAAAAGUAUGUCAUCAAUUGUCUACUUCGUGCAGUAUAAUUGAGACACAAACUAAA